AUGGAAAUGAGCAGCAUGUCCACCAGCGCACACAACUCCACCAUCCGCACUUCCAUUCCGCACCAGCUCAGCUGCUCCAAGCCAGAUGGCCCCCAGUUUCAUGGAAAUAGGGACGGGCAGUGCGCCGGCUCCUCCAAAAUCUUACUUGCGUACAAAAACGCAUCGCAGCACCUGAGUUCGUCAGGAAUUAAAGCGGGGUUGGGGAUAAUUAAAAUAGCCACGUCUCAGUGGAAACAAGACAAGAAGACGCGAUCCGUGAGGCAACUGACCACUGCCAACAACAGCAAUACUUGCAAGAGAUCCCCACUGGAUCAGCUGGCAGCUCUGGUUCUGCACGGCCAAACCCGGCAACGCCAAGUUGUCCAAGAGUACCGACAAGACCCGCUGCACUCCACCAAACCACAGAACUGUAAGCGCAUCGUGGUUCUUGGUGCGCCACGGGUCGGCAAGACCUCCAUCCUAAGAAGAUAUCUUCGGGAUGGCUUUGUGGAGAAGUACAAUCCCACCUCCGAGGAUUUCCUCAGGAAACUGUUUCGUAUCCGAGGGGAGACAUACCAAAUUGACAUCCUGGACGCGUCCAGGGAAAGAGACUUUCCAGCCAAGCGACGACUGUCCAUCCUUACUGGGGACAUUUUUCUUUUAGUGUUCAGUCUGGACGACCGGGGCUCUUUCGAAGAGUUGUGCGCACUACGAACGGAGAUUCUGGCUGCUAAAUCCAAGCUCACCAAAUCCUCCGAGCUGGAUCAGUGCGCACAGCUGCAGGUGCCUCUGGUGGUCUGCGCCAACAAGGUGGAUCUCCUGGAGUCCGAGAGAGAAAUAUCUCAGGCUGAAGUGCUCCAAGUGCUCGGUGAUGACUGUGCGUAUUUUGAAACGUCAGCAAAGGAGAGCACUAAUCUGGACAGAGUCUUCGAGACUUUAGCCAAGCGAGGUGGGCUUCCGACUGAAACUGGCCCGUCUCAGCACCGCAAAGUAUCCCUCCGGUCAUACCAGGCAAUGCGGACCGGCCGUGUGCUGGGGAUGGGCAGCCAGACGCCCGGGCGAGAUGAUGCCUGUGGCGCCUUGUGCCCACUGGCCCGUAGGCCGAGUUUUAGCACGGAUCUCCGACAAGUAAUUGGGCCACAAACUACACGAAAGAGCGGCAAAGCACUGGAGAAAUGUCAGAUUCAGUGA